AUGUCGAUAUUGGCAACUCUACAAGCCAAUACAGAAAGGCUCACUUUGGUGGAUUAUCAGCUUCUAAGUGAUGCAAAUCGUAGUCGAAAGGUUAAUAUUGGUGCAAACAAUAAGGGCUCAAAUGAAAAAAGUAAAAGUACUAGCAUUGAUGCGGAGAGUGAGCACAAUGAUGAUUAUAAAGUUGAGAUCCAGCACGUCCCCACUCCGGAGGGCCACCACUCCUGCAUUAUGGUGAGAACAAGGAAAGAAGACCCGGAAGAUACUACUUCUGCACGGUUGGAUAGGAUGGAGCGAAUGAUUACGGAAAUGGCGGAGACCCUACGGCAACAACAACAACAGCAACAGCCACAGCCUCAACCGCCACCACCACCGCCACCGCCACCGUCAAGGAAACAAGACCGUUCUGAAUAUGAAGCCCAAUUUGCAGAGCUAGCCCGGUUUGCACCUCAUAUGGCAGACACGGAUUAUAAGAAGGCACGAAAGUUUGAAGGGGGAUUACGGGGUGCUAUCCUGGACCGAGUUAAUAUGUUGAAGCUACCCAUUCAUGUUGAUGUGUUGGAGAGGGCUAUCAUAGCGGAAGAAAAUAUUGCUACUCAGAACCGGAUUUCUGAAUGGAAAGGGAAGAGACAGAAUACUCAAUGGUCAAAGGGGACAACUACUCCGCCAAAUAAGAAACAAAAUUCAGGGAUUUCAAAUACUUCUACCCCUAGUCAAGAUUCAAUUCCUGUUUGUCUGGAAUGCGGAAAGAUGCAUCGUGGAACGUGCUAUCGGAAGUCUGGAGCUUGUUUUCAGUGUGGUAAAACGGGCCAUUUGAUAAAAGAUUGCCCUCAGAGAAAACAACAAAAUGGCAAUAAGACUACUACCAGUUCAGCGGGGUUUACACCACCUACCAACACCAAGUCAACUGCUAAACCUAAUAACAAUAAAGACACUGCAAGACAGGGCAGGGUGUUUGUUUUGGUUCCGGGAGAUAUGCAAAAUGCGGCAACGGUAGUGUCAGAUAAAUCUGAGGAAGUACUAUCUUAUAUGUUAUGUGUGUCCUCACCUUUGGAGGAUUCUAUGAUUUGUACUUCUGUAUACUUAGCUUGUGAACUCCAACUUGGGGAUAGUCGGGUGUAUGCUAAUCUGUUACCUCUCGACAUGACCUAUUUUGAUGUUAUUCUGGGAAUGGAUUGGUUGAGUGAAUAUGGUGCGACUAUAGACUGUUUGACUAAGCAAAUCAAUUUCCACCCUUCGGGUCAGUCAGGGUCUGUUUUUCAGGGACAGGAAGUGACUUCUCCACCUUAUUUAAUUUCCGCAGCAAAGGCUUGUAAAUUAAUUCAGAAAGGGUGUCAGGGGUAUUUAUGCAGUGUUCUGGAGAGGCAAGUGAUGAAUGGGGACGUUAACAUGAUUCCAGUUGUCCGUGAAUUUCUGAAUGUUUUUCCGGAAGAGUUACCAGGGCAGUUGAUAGACCCUUCAAGGGCGCAAGUUUUUUCCAAAAUCGAUCUACGAUUUGGGUACCAUCAAUUAAAGGUCAAAACUAAUGAUGUUGAAAAGACAGCUUUUCGAACUCGAUACGGUCAUUAUGAAUUUCUGGUUAAGCCCUUUGGAGUUACCAACGCACCGGCAGCAUUUAUGGAUCUGAUGAAUCGUGUCUUUAAACCUUAUCUGGACGAGUUUGUGGUAGUUUUUAUCGAUGAUAUCCUCAUUUACUCGAAGAAUGUGGAAACUCAUGAGAAUCAUCUUCACUUGAUCCUUCAGACCCUCAGGGAAAAGAAACUGUAUGCAAAGCUGAACAAAUGUGAAUUUUAG